CAAAGUACACCACAACACUCAGUCGAUCGUUACCCGGCAAACUGACCACAUUAAAUAGUACUUUAGUUCUCUUCAGUUAGAAAAAAUAUAUACAAAAGGGAAUAAAUCCCUCAUUUAGUUAAUUCCUUCAAUUCCUCCUCCCACCUAACUCCUUAAAAAAAAACACCAUUGGCCCAGAACUUUCUCUCCUGAAAAUGGAACACACGUUUCCUUUUUUACUGGGACUUUGUGGAUCGACCCAAUUUAUCAUUAGUUCCAUCCGUGAAACAUUAAUGUGAAUUUUCCACUCUUCGUGAUUAUUUAUUUCCGAAUAUACUUCAAGAAUAACACGUGAAAAUUAAUCUAUUAUUGUUGAGACCUAUAUUGGAUAUAUCCACCCAUGAGAGAAUGUUGAACAAUUGAAUUGCUGAAGGAAAUUAGUGAUUUAUGUGGUGAAAAAAAAAUUGAAAUAAACAAGCCCACUUUGGAUUUUAUUUCAUGAGCCAGUUGUGGAUUAACAUUUAGAGAGAAUCCUAAAGGAAACCCAAAUGGAAAUUCCUGACACAGGUGCCGUGUUCACCCUGGGACAGUCACACCUGUCUGACGACCAUCAGCACUUCUUCUUCAUCCGGAACGACGCCAUUGUGACUGUUAAUGCCGGACGUGAGGGUCAGAGCGCUGUUAUUUGCCAAUCGGGACGAUGUUUCGUCUGGGGCACAAAUGAGAACGGCGAACUAGGAAUUGGGAAAACCGACGAAUCCAUCAUCACAAAACCCACAUGCAUCAAGGAUCUCAAGAAUCUCGGUUACAAAAUCACCAAAAUGGUCUUUGGCAAGGGAUUCUCCGUGAUUGUCACCCUAGACAAUCGAAUAUUCUUCAGCGGACGCAACAUCCUACCCACAAAUUUCCUCUGCAGCCUCAAACAAUCCCCCCUGGCGAACUUCUCCACGCCCUUGUCCAUGACAGAGGAUAUCAACAGUGAUUUAUCUGAAGUGAGUCACGUAACGGCGGGGACUUCGCACUUUGCCGUCAUAACAGGUGGUGACAAAUUAUUAAUUUGUGGGAACUUCACAGAGACACCACCUGGUGACCUCAAAACAUUUGAACUUAAUGAAAAGUUUAUGCCGUACAUUUUGGAAUGUGGAUCCACAUUCACCCUGCUCGUCACAGGAAAUGGUGACACCUCCACCGUCUACAUUGUUGGACACUUUGGGGGCAAGACGUACGUGGAAUUGACACAAUUGAGAGACUUUCAGCCUGAAUGCCCAAUCACUUCCAUCCACAUCUCACCCCGAGAUGAGAUUUUUCUCCUGACCGGAGAGAAUUUCCUUUACAAGUGUUCGCAGCUGCGUGAAUUGUUCUUUGAACGAAUUACUCUGGCGCCAAAUGGGGAAAAAAUGAAGAUCCUAACCACAGGAGUGGACUCUAUGUCCUUCCUGACGGAUGAUCAGAGAUUCUUUACAACCCUGGCAUCGCCCAGAGACAUCCGGAAGGAUUCAAACUUCAGAGAACUCACGAAAUUCAAGCCAAUGGACGUCAUGCAGAUCUCUUCAGGACAUCACCAUAUGCUCAUUCAUGCGGUGAAGAAUGAGAAGAAGGCCUUUGUCACCAGGCAGAAGAUUCCAGAUGCCCUGACCAAUGGAGACACUGAUCACAAUCUCAAUAAUCUCAACAAGACCUUCACCAAAGCCGAUUCCAAGGAUUUUGUCAGCAAUCUCGCUGAGAAUGCCAAUGGGAAAGCAAUAGAGGAGCCUCCGAAUGAGGAAAAUCCUCAACCAGGAACCACGGAUUGCAUCUCUGAAGACUCUAAUUCCAGUCACAAUUCCUCCAAAAAUGGAAAUAAUCCGCCUAAAAAGUCUCCGGAAGAUAGGAAGAAGAUCCGAGAGCGACAGGUUGAACAGGAAAUGGCCAAGGAUGAGAAUAUAAGGGUGGUGAAGAUCUUGGAUCCCAUUGAGGGUGAGAUCUAUCAAUGCAUCCGGAAUAAUGGGGAAACCGUUGAGAAUUUCAUCGCCAGCGACAGACACAAGAUCCCAAUUCGUUUUAUCGACAAUGGGAUAGACAAGACACACCAUGAGCAGGCGAGGAAGAGCAGUCUGGUGGACACUGUCCUGGGAGAGCGUCUCGAUGAUCGUUCCCUCAGGACAAUUGCUGACGUGAAAAGCGAGACAAUUGAGUUUCUAAAAGCAAUGGUGGACACAAAGAGGAGAACCCCAAUCCCUGAGAAGGAGGAGACACCCUCAAAAGAGCCUGAGGAUGAGGAACUGGAUGAGAACACGACAGCUUCCCUCAAUUCCAAGAACGAAGAGGACGAGAUAAAAAGCGCAGAGGAAAAGCCCCAGGGAUUCAUGAAGCAGGUGCUCCAAGAUCUCAGGAAUGCAAAGAAGGAGUUUUCAUGCAAGAAUGUCGAUUCCAUUGAGGAAGAUGUGAAAAAUGCUGAGAAAAUCACUAAGUCCCGGAAGGGAAAUAAUAAAUCUGAGUUCUGCUCUAUACUCUAAAGGAAUUUCAUGGGAUGGCAUGAGAGAACAGGACCGGCAAAUCCUUUCCGGAAGACAUCCCAGACAUAACCUCAAAAGCAUGUUGGCGCACUUUUCCAUUAUUAUGAAAUAAACACUGUAAAUUUCUACUGCA